ACGCGCGAGUGAACGUCUCUCUCGAUCGGUAGCCAAUCCGUACCAGCUCCGUUGCAGCAGCUCUAGCUCCAGCUAACCCGAGUGAAAACCGAAAGUGAAACCGUACGUCAAUCCAUCAUCAUGUCCGCCGGUGGCCGUUCCUCGCAGCUUUUGGCCCUCGUGGUCAUCUUCUUCAGCAGCUAUAUAGUGGGCAUAUACAGUGCGGCACGUGCCAGCAGUUUGGCAUUAGCUCCACUGUCGAAGGCUAAUGAAUCCCUGAUCCUGGCGAAUGAUACCCUCCUCGCGGAGGAUGGAAACUCCAGUUUGGUCCACAGUGGAUCGCGCCAUCCUCGCUGGUUUCCUUUCUAUACAAUUGGUCGCUUUUCCAACGACAUCUGUGUGGGCAACAACCUGCUCCUGGGCACCUGCGUUAUAAACGGAGAGUGCACCGAUAACAGCGGCGUUGCAGCGGGCAGCUGCUCCUCCAUCACAGCGCAAGCCAUUUGCUGCAUUUAUCAAAGGACAUGUGGAGCAAGUACUUCCUACAAUAAUACGUACUUUUACAACAGCAAUUAUCCCGCUCCAUAUGGCGGCGGCGGACGGUGUUCCAUUGUGGUCACGCCACCGGAUUCGUCAAUCUGCCAGCUACGAGUGGACUUCCUUUCCCUAUCGCUGGCACCACCAUCGGGAGAUGGAUCCUGCUCUACGGAUGCCUUGACCAUCACUGGCGGAGCCUCGCAAGUGCCCAGCAUUUGUGGCGAGAACGCCGGUCAGCAUGUGUAUGUGGACUUUAACGGCGUCAGUCCGAUAACCAUCUCAGUGGCCACCUCCGGAAGUUAUACAUUCAACCGCAACUGGCAGUUCCAGAUAAGAAUGCUGGGAUGCACGUCGGCCACUUUGGCUCCGGCCGGUUGCCUGCAAUACUAUAUGCCCAGCAGCGGCACCCUGGCCAGUUUUAAUUACAAUUCGGCGGCGGCCUCCGCCCUCAAUUCCAUUGGUGUGCAGGGCACGAGACAGUUGGCGAACACCAAGUACGGUAUUUGCAUACGCAAAGCAGCGGGAAUGUGCUCCAUUACCUACAGCCAGGUUGGCUCCGAUACGUAUUCCUUUACGCUGACCAACGAUGUGGGUGCCGUGGAUCCGACUCUGCUGGCCACCUCAUCUGUUCAGAGUCAGGAAUGUACAACGGACUAUAUCAUCAUUCCGUCGCCAACGCAGGGCGGAGUUGCGAUGCCCAGCGAUCGGUUUUGUGGAUUGGGUCUGGUAUCCACGACCACAUCGGCGAAGCCAUUCGUUGUCUACACAGUCACCGAUGGUAAUGAGGAUAUGGACAUAUCGAAUCGCGGCUUCUACUUGUCGUAUUCGCAGAACGCGUGUCCAAUUCUGUAAAUAUGGUAUACAAUAAAAGACUUGAU